CUGAAAAUUCCCUCAACAAUGUUACAAAUGCAAUUAGAAGAUUCAUGCAUAAAAAAAAGCAUUGCAUGCUUGCAUAAAAUCAAUUAAGUCUUUCCCAUUCCUAGAAUGUACGUGUUUGGAGCUCUGCGAAAUUUGUCAUCCGAGCAUUUAAUGUGUACCUCUGAAGAUUAAGAUCACAUGAAAACAUUACUGACGGAGCAUCGAUUAAUUGCAGGCGACGUAGUUUCUUGUUGGGGGAGGUGUACGUUUGUCAAACGUUACGAGAGCGCUAAAUUAAAUGGCAGCUAGUGUUGGAGGAGGAGGCGGUUUUUUUGGGAGCAUGACCAACAACUUAGAUGAAGGUGUCCUUCUGUGCUCAGGCGGAUAUGACAACGUCAUUAAGGUCUGGAGUGCAUACAACGCUAACUGUUGCCUGAGAUCACUGUCUCACGGCGAGUCACAAGUCAAUUGUCUUCAUAUUACCCCUGACAGAUCUUAUUUUGUCGCCGGAGGUUAUCAGUUAGUACGGCUGUACGAUAUCGCCUCACAGAACAGCAAUCCAACGGUAACGUUUGAAGGCAUCACGAAAAAUGUUACAUCCGUAGGAUCACACGAGGCGUUCAGUUUUAUGUUCACAACAGGCGAAGAUGGGUGUGCGCGGAUCUGGGACGCAAGAGACUCUCGUGGAGGCAGUCAGUGCCAGAGGAUGUUUGAAACCAAGGCGCCUCUUAACGCUGGUGUACUUCAUCCAAAUCAGACGUGUCUUUUCCUGUCGGAUCAGCAGGGCUCAAUCUACAUGUGGGAUCUUCGCAACAACUUCAAUGAGUCCCUUCUUUUAGCUAGGGAAUGUUCCAUUCAGAGCAUAGACAUUGAUUCUCAUGCUAAAAAUGCUGUUGCCGUUGAUACUAAGGGUCACUUAUAUUUUCUUCGGCUGGACGAGCCUAUGGUGGAGAAAUCGCCCUUCUUUAAUGAAUGCCCAGCUGCCCUUAAAUUUACCGCACACUCAAGGUAUGCCUUAAAGUGUAAAUUCAGUCCUGAUGGACUCACGAUCGUGACUGGUUCCGCUGACAAAACCGCUAAGCUUUGGAGUGUGUUGGAGCUGGAGGAACUCCUAGAAAAAGAACUUACGAAUUAUCACGACGAGAUGGAGAUCAAAGAGGUUGAUGUCAAACCUACCCAGGUGUUGUCGUUCGAGGGACAGCGAUGGGUCUGGGAUGUUGCUUUUACGAUGGAUUCCCAGAACCUCUUUACGGCUUCAUCAGACAAUAUCGUAAGACUGUGGAAUCUUCCAACCGGAGAGGCUGUUCGGGACUAUAGUCAUUCAAAAGGAGUUAUCGCCUUGGCAUUUAUGGAUAAGGCCGUAGACUGUUGAAAGGUGCAAUACGAGUAAUUAAAUUAAUAGGGUGUCCGUUUCCAUCGUUUGGGAGUCUGCUAGUUGCCUUCACACUUGGAACCAUUUUCAAGCCACUGAAAAUUUGAGUAGUUCUUUUUUAUAUAGGUAUUUGUAAUUACCUCGACUCAAAUAUAUAUAUAUAUAUAUAUAUAUUAUUUUGUAUAUAUAUUAACUUGAAUAAACACUAUUUUUAAGUUAACUGGUACGCUGUUUUUGCAGCUGUAUCCAAGCAAAUUAUUUUUAAAUAAGCAGUGGUAAGACGAACCGUAUGCAUUCAAA